AUGUCACUCUUCCACGAUUCAUCUCGUGGCUCUCCUCGAGUAGCUUGUCAUGCACAAUCAUCCUCAUCUGUGUCACACUCUUUUACGUCAUGCGAGCCAUCCGUGACGCGCUAUUCCACAUCAUACCAAGUUCCCCGUACUGAUAAGAUGCAGUGGAUAUUAUUUCAAGUUGGAAUAUUUGCCGACGAAGUUUUAAGAAACGACAUUUCCGCUGUCACUACUGCAUUCCACAAUCCUAAACAAUUCAUCUUCAUUAACAUAUCGGUGAAAUCCGAUCUCGCGCAGAUAAUCGCCCACGUUGCGGUUUCCAAGAAGGUCGAACUAAAUAGAAAUUAUGUUGUGGGCGAAUUUGUUUCACACACAUUUCUAGAGCAUAUAUACAAAGUUCUCAAUCACGGUCAUGAUUAUGACAGUAAGUUGCCUUGUGGAAUAUCCGAAUUCGAAAUGAACAACUCACUUCGUCUUUCCGGGACCAUAUCAUCCCGACUGAUACCACGCAUUAUAUAUCCUGAUUGCAGUUUUUCUAUUUGGAAAUUAUGUACGGAAAUUUCUCUUCAGCAUGAAGCUACGAUAUAUAAAUCAAUAGUCGAUGACCAUAAACAAGUGACGUUAAGAGACUGGGUGCUCCAGACAAUUAAUAAAAAACAUAAGAAAACUGAUAUUAAUUAG